AUGUUCUUGUUAUUUGUUAUUUUUCUAUUGUUAUUUAUUGUGUUUUAUAUAUUGUUUUAAAGUUCAUUUGAUAGUUAUAUGUAAUCAAAUUAUGGAAAAAAUACACAUGAUCUUCAUCGUUUUAGGAUUGCAUUAUUAAACGUAAUAUAACUCUACCAGAUUAGUAGAUAAUGAUGACAACGCCCCAGUGCCAAUAUCUUCGGUACGGAUUGUUUUACCAUGAUUUCGAUCGCUCUCAUGUAAGCUUCUCCUUCACGCGCUCGUAUACUCGCGUUCGACUACAAUCGUUUGUCCCGCACCUGAUCUCCAAGUAUGGUAGCAUCUCAUUGUAGGUUCACUCUCUCUAUCACUCGUACUUUCUCCGUUUGUUCCACUUGUUAACGCUCUUUCUUUAGAGCUCCCCCAAGGGGAGCACCGGCCGUGCUUUUGGUUGAGCAUCGUCCCCAUCGCCGUGAGCUUUAGCGCUUUUUCGUGUAUGCGUAUACAGAUUCACCACCGGUUGUUCCGUCUCUUCGUAUCUCUUCCAGGCACGAUCACACGGAUCGUCGAUUCGCGGCCAAGCUCGGUUGGUGCUUUCCCGUUCGUGAGUAUUCCCGUUCCAUCUGUCGCUCUCUUUUCAAUCGCGUUGUUCGCUCGCGGAAAGCAUCCAACGAUUCGGAUGUAAAAAUUAUUUAACAUAAUAUCUGGGUAUUACAAUUUAUCAUCAUCUCGUUGUUUGAAGAAGCAAUCCGGAGAGCCUUGGGAGAGCUGGUGUCUCUGUGUGCACGAUCUCUCGCGCGUGUAUACGUGAGGGAGUGAUGUUCGGAGAUUUUACGUCUUGUCGGUUGCUAUAAAAAGGGGUUACAGCAUUCGGAUACCGGCACAAUUCAUUAACGAUCGUUGAAGUCAGACGAGCUGGUGUUUUACCAAGCGAAGUGAUCGAAGCACGGUAGUGGCAUUUCGAACGACAGAACCCCGAACGACCGCAGCAUCCCACGUGUGUGAGUGUGAGUGUGUGAGUGUACAAUCGAAAAAAAAACAGAACAAUUGUGAUUAAAGCAAGUCCCGUGCAAAGUUCCAGUGCAAGCAUUAGAAUGAAAGUGUUUAUCGCAAUCGCUGCCCUUCUGGCCGUGAGCAUGGCUGCUCCGGCACCCGCUACCGAGCAGACCGGAGCGUUCGGCAUGAUGGCCAAGUACUUCGGUUCCUGUCUGGAAAGCGAUGACAUGGGCACCUGCUUUGCCGUCAAGGGUAUUACCGCACUGAACAGGGCUGCCCGUGCCGCCAACAUUGAGCUGGCUCCUGGUGUCACUUUCGCAAGAGACCCAGCAGUUCCGGCUGAGCGCACUGGAAAGGCCAUCUCGGAGAAUGAGAUCGUCAGCACGCUGCCAGCUGAUUCGGAGCAAAAGACGGACGCCCUAUUCGACCUGGCCAUUGACUCUGCCAAGCGCCUGUUCAGCGCCCGCUCGAUCCAGUUCAAGCUGCCAGAGGAGACGACUGAGACGAUCGCCCGUUCGCUGGAGGAAGGUAGACUGCUGAAGAAAGGCAAGAAGCUGAAGAAGGUUCUCGGCCCGCUGGUUCUCGCUCUCGGUGGUAAGCUGUUUGCUCUGCUGCCACUGUUCCUCGGUGCCGUCGCUCUGCUCGCCGUGAAGGCGCUGCUCGUCUCGAAGGUAGCGUUCGUGAUGGCUGCCGUACUGGCCGCCCAGAAGUUCCUCGGUGGUGGUGGAGGAUCUCCGCUGAAUCUGCUCUCCAAGGUCGCUGGUGGUUCGUCGGGUGGUGUGGUUGGAGGUGGUGCAUCGGCCGGAGCUGGCGGAUGGUCGUCGGGAGCUAGUGCCGGUGGUUGGUCCAACACAGGAGCUGCCUCGGCUCAGUACCCGUACGCUCGCAGCUACGAUACCGCCCAGGAACUCGCCUACAGUGCACAGGCUCCUUCGCAGUAAGAUACUGUAAGGACAAGAUCGCUUCCGGAUCGAAGCUAAGAUCCGUCGGGACGAACUUGCAAAAAUAGCCGUUGAACUGUACCCGUGUAUGGUUCUGGAAAACGAUUUCUGUCUUCUUUCCUUCGUUGGUUCCCUUCGAACUCUUCUCCCUCGCCUGUACACACUGUCUAGUCUUCUGCGUAUGUCUCUCUCUCUCUCUGGAGCUGCCUUGAGGUGGCCGGAUGCCAAAACUCUUGCUCUAAUCAGCACUCGUCUGCAGCCGUUCGUAACCAACGAAAGCGGAGCAAACGACGGGCGGAUGGGGCGCAUCUUCAUUAUUUCCACCAGCGGCAAGUGCCCACCUUUUUCCAGUUUCUCCCUACCAAAAGCUUCCACCCAUCCACGCACAUACACUCAUUUCACACUUGGCACUUCGGCACGAAAUUGAGAGCGGACCCACGCAAAACCGCCCGGCCCGGAACCUCGAAUUCCGGAUGUCCGUUUAUGUAAAUACACCGACCAAAAGCCGAUCGAAGGUGAAUUGUUUGUGCAGUGGAUAAUUGGAUGUGUGGAUAUGGGUGUUUGGGUGGGAGUAGAUGUUAGCUUUCUCUUCUUCGCAUGGAUCCUUCGGCGAAUCGCUUUACGAGAUAUCUUCACUAGCACUAGCCAUCUUCACCGCACCCCUUCAUCAGCUCGGUCCCGCCCCGAGGUGGCUUGGAAUACAACCACCUCGAUGGAUCGCAGCCUCAUUCUUCAGUGCUUCUACAAACAUACAUACAUGAAGAAAAACGACGCUCACACAUACUCACAGCAACAACACAAACACAACAACUGCGCCAUUUCGGAACCGCACGCGAUCGUACCGCGAUCGGUGCGGCUCCAUUUGUCUUCUAACGUAAUAAUAUUUUUUUGUAGUGUUUAGUAAUUUAUUAUUACCGAUACCGCGGGUGUGUGAGCGGUGAAAUGAGAUCCAGGUCAGGUAGGAGAAAAAAAUUAAACCGAACAAGAACGUGUCCAGGGAUGUGUGCGUAGUGACGCAAAAGGUCCCGCCACGCUCGUAACCGAUUGGGUAGUUAAUUUAUUUUUAUUUAUGUAAUUAAAUUAUUAAAACAAAAGCAAAACAACUACACCGCGAAAUCAGAACACUUCAGCCGGGUACUUACGGUAUCCGCGCAUCCUACAAUCACACCGCAGCAGUAAUAGCAAUAGAGCAAACGGGCAAACAAGUUAACCAUUAACUGCUAGUAAUAUAUAGGAAGGAAAAUAUAGGGCCACUACGGGGUCCCACUCAGAGGGCAUGGAAUGAACAAUCCAUGGCUAACGGGUAUCGCAAAGUAAAUCAGGUACAAUAGGGAACAGACCGAAUUUUUGUUCAGCUCCUGUUAGAAGGUUUCAUACCACAAAUACACACACACAAGCAAUCUUUCAUAAGUGAACCGCAAAAGACUUUUGUCAGGAAAAUAGCAGCAAUAAAAAUAAAAACCGACUUAUUGAAAAGAAAAAACCACACACAUAGGAAAAAAAACCAAAUCCUGUUUGAAAGAAAACU